AUGAUGGAUGACAUGUUCCCGGCUCGUGGCACCAUAAAAUUUGUUGUGAUUGUAUUGGAUUGGAUUGGUGUUGUGAAUGGAUUGAAUUGGGUUGUUUUACUUGCACAAUUGAGUCGAGUGCUUUAUCUUGGGCAUAAUAAAAGUAGAAAAGAGAAAAAAGAUGGUAAAGUCCAAACUACUGAUAGUGAUCAGCAACGUUGGUUCCUUCCGAUAAAUGUUGUACCAUAUCUGUUAGUACACAUGAAAUGCUGGACCGGAAGUUAUCGGUUCGACAUCUAUGCUUAUGUAACCAUUAAAGUUGCCUAA